AUGAAUCGGCAAAACGUGGUCCUCCCCAGGACCUCAGAACUGCAGAAGACGUCAAGGCAAGGGGCACACAGGUAUGGACUUCGAUUAGUUGUUCCACCUCCAGAUCGUUUUUCACCCGGCCGGGAGCAUCCCUCCCCAAGAAUCCAUGAUCUGCCCGAUCGAAAAUUUCUUCCCACUCAGACGAAGCCCAUGCAAGAAAUGGCUAAGUCCCAAGCACGGUCAGGAUCGUCCGAAAACAGAUCCAACGGCCCGGAGCAGACAACGACAAACACCAAAAAACCACGCACAAGGAUAACUGUACACGUACCGAGCCGAUCAGCAUUGCAACCAUUGGAUCACGAGAAGCAAACCCCAACCAAAGGAUCGGCGGCCCUCCCCACGCACAAGUCCCAGCCAUGGCGAAGAUCAACUGAGACAAGAUCGCACGGUCCAGAACAGAAGGGAAAGACGACGAAGGAAAAGAAAAAUGACAUCACCAUCCCCCACGUGUCACCAGGGAACAUCCCCUCCCCCACAUCGCCAUCACCCCGACAAUCAUCAAGAGGGCAGUCCUCGAACCAACACAACGUACGGCGGGAGAAUCGCCAAGAUCGCAUUACAUCACCAAAAUCCAAGGUGAACUUAAGAUGGAGCACAUCCAAUCGCACGCGUCCACGUACCCCCCCGCCAAGAGCAGUACCAACAACCCUAAACUUGCCCUUCCCCGGAAAAGUUGAAUCGAGCUCGAGAGCGACUGGAGAGCGGAAGAAAGCAAGCAGAGCAAAGAGAAAAGGAGAGGAGCAUCACGCCAACGACCAAGAGGUCAGUUCUCCUUCCAAUCCCCUCGCUCCCCGAUUUGUCUCCGCUCCACCCUUGCGAUCACAUGGCAAUUUCUCUCCCCUUUCUUCCCCAAGGCUAGACCCCCCACACGCCUCCCCCCAUACGCCCCCCUCUUCGACCCAAAAAACUGCCAGCAGUACCUCAGCAGAAUCACCACAUCGCCCUCGUGGAGUAGCGUUGAUCCGUGAACUCUUUACUGAACACAGGACCGGAACAAAGAAGGAAAUGCCGCGUACAAAGAACAUGCGAAAGUGCGGUCCACCACUGGAAGAUGAACUGGAAGAACCCCCUCGCACGGACACGACUCAGAACACCCCUGAUGAUGAGGAGAGACCUACGGCAGAGCCUCGACCAGAAAUGAGAAGCACGGGGACGAAACUCUCGAUCAAGCUCAAGCAGCGCCCACCGCCGCCCCCGAAGGACAACGAAGCUGUGGAACCAGAACCAGAACCGACUCGAGCUGCUCCCUCCUCGUCCGCCGAUACAGUCAAGAUCACAAAGAAGAAGAACCAGACUGCAACGGGGAGCAAAAAAUCAAAGGGAGCUUCAGACGCCUCAUCUUCCAAGCAAACAAUCACCCCCCCGCUGAACACAACACCGCCGGCCAGGACGCCCACAUUUGAAAGGAUCCCAUCGAUAUCAGCUUUGGAGGGAAUUGGCAAGUAUGCGGACGAAACGCUGGAGAACACGCCACAACAGCCCUCGCCUGACUCACACUCUGCCUCGCCGGGUUUGAGCGUGCUGUUCAUGGACACACAGCAGAGGGAACGAGUCAUCCAAGCGGCGACGGAGGAGAGACAGGGGAAAGAGGGGGACUCGGAGGGGGAUCAGAUCGAAGAGACCACCCCAGCACUCACAAAUGUUCCAGAAACACCAGCUCCGAGAGCUUUGACUGGGACCACCAAGGAGAAAGCAAUUCCAGCCGUCCCGCUCAAGAAGAGGAAGGAGUCAGACGUACUCUAUCUCGGAUGGACAAGGGUGGAAGAGCUGGACAUGGACGUGACAAAGACUGUUUCACCCCAUUCAGCUGCUGCACCGGCAAUGUCGGACGUCACGGCACCAGUCCCAGGAGAACUACAAGUGGAGGCGAACGAGGUCCUCAUGGAACUGCAGGAAUGUCAAGCCAAGGCAGCCAAGAACUUGAUCCUGGCAAUCUUUGAAGGGAACAAACCAGACCGGCAAGCAGCAAUGGAAAGGCUCGAGGAAGGCUUCAAAGAGGCAGGAGUAUCGUUCCGGGGGAGACCAGUCACGUUCCUCGGCCGGAACUGCUACAGCGUGGAGGUGAGCACGGAGAAAAACAGGUGA